UUUAGUAUGGUUUCGGACUUCUUCUACCCUAACAUGGGUGGAGUGGAAAGUCAUCUUUAUUUGCUUUCCCAGUGUCUCAUUCUUAGGGGACACAAGGUCAUCAUCAUCACGCAUGCAUAUGGUAAUCGUACGGGAGUACGAUACCUGACUAAUGGGCUCAAGGUGUACUACGUCCCAACCCUGGUUAUUCAUAACGAAGCUACACUUCCCACUAUAUAUGGCUUCUUUCCCCUAUUUCGUAACAUUUUGAUCCGAGAAUCCAUAAACAUUGUCCACGGCCACGGUGCAUUUUCAUCGCUUUGCCACGAAGGAAUCCUACAUAGUAAAACUAUGGGACUUAAGGCGUGUUUUACAGAUCAUUCCCUUUUUGGAUUUGCAGAUGCAAGCUCGAUAUUAACAAACAAACUGUUAAAGUUCACGUUAAGUGAUAUUGAUCAUGUUAUUUGUGUGUCUCACACAAGUAAAGAGAAUACUGUCCUAAGAGCGGCUUUAUCACCAAGAAACGUCUCUGUAAUUCCGAAUGCAGUGGUUGCUUCUCAGUUUCAACCUGAUCCAUCUGCAGCCGAUCCCAAUUGGAUUACAAUUGUGGUAAUUAGUAGGCAAGUCUAUCGUAAAGGCAUGGACUUAUUGGUAGCUGUAAUUCCACGGAUAUGUUCAAUGUAUCACAAUGUCAGGUUCAUUAUUGGUGGUGAUGGACCAAAACGAAUUGACCUUGAACAAAUGCGGGAAAAGCACCUACUUCACGACAGAGUAGAGCUGCUAGGUCCUGUAAAGCACCACCAAGUUCGAAAUAUUUUGAUUCAGGGCAAUAUAUUCCUCAAUACAAGUUUGACAGAAGCAUUUUGCAUUGCUAUUGUAGAAGCAGCAUGCGCAGGGCUUCUGGUAGUAAGCACAAAGGUUGGAGGAGUACCCGAGGUCUUGCCAAGCCAUAUGAUAAACUAUGCGAUGCCCGAAGAAGAUGAUCUAAUGAUUGCUGUGUCCAAGGCAAUUCAAAUGAUCAAGAUUGGAGAAGUUGAUCCAAGCCGUUUCAACGAUGAGCUCAAGGACAUGUACAGCUGGUCAAAUGUUGCAGAACGUACUGAAAAGGUCUAUGACUCUAUAUCUCAGUCACAGCCAUCUCCUUUGAUAGAGCGUUUGAGACGCUAUUACGGUUGUGGACUGUAUGCUGGAAAGAUCUUCUGUAUGGUGAUGGCACUCGAUUAUCUGUUUUGGAGAUUUCUUGAAUUUGUUUUCCCAAAGGAUUCAAUUGAGCGUGCCCAACCUUUUCCGUACAAAAGAUAUAGAGACUAUGUUGACAAGGUCGAAGAACCAAAAGCCCAAUUGAAAUAAUAAUUAUAAAAAUAAGGAUCAUA